CUUACUCAACACGAAAAGAGAAAUGCUUCCUUCCUUUUUAUUUCUUUGAUGCUGUCACCUCAAGGCAAUUAGAAUAUAUAGGAGGAGGAGGAAGAAGGUCGUCAGAAGUGCAGUGAAAUGUUUGAUAGAGACUCCCAGCUGCUCGUAGGUUGAAGAGGACAGUUUUAAGGACAGCAGGAAGAUGACGACGACUGUGACGGUACAGGUUCCACUUGAUGAGAUUGUGGUGCCAAACAGCAGCCCGGCUUCCCCUGGGGGGAUUUCCAACCAAUCCAAUGGACAUGUGCCCAACGGUACCAUAUCUAAGGCUUUACCAGACAACCCUGCUGCUGCCACGGAGAAUGGACACAUCCCGCGCAGUAGGUCGGACCAUGGACCCUCCCUCUCUCACCUUCCAAAACGACAGCCGGUCGAUAUCGAAUUCUCCGACCUCUGUUACAACAUACGGCAGGGCUUCUUCAGAAAGAAAGGGUAUAAGACCAUAUUGAAUGGCUUGUCGGGAAAGUUCUUCAGCGGAGAGCUGGUGGCCAUCAUGGGGCCGUCAGGAGCUGGGAAGUCUUCACUCAUGAGCAUACUGGCAGGAUACCGGUCUGGCUCCAGCCCGUCUUGUUCCUGUUUUGACAGUACUGGGGGUGUCAACGGCUCGCUACUCGUUAACGGAACACCCAGGAACGAGCGCGACUUCCGCAAGAUGUCGUGUUACAUCAUGCAAGAGAACCAUCUCCUCCCGCACCUCACCGUCAUGGAGGCCAUGAUGGUCUCUGCCAACCUCAAGCUGACAGAAAAGACACCGAGACGGGAGAAAAAACUCUUGGUGGAGGAGAUCCUGGGCACCUUGGGUCUGACAGACUGUGCCAACACUCGCACGGUCAAUCUGUCCGGCGGGCAGGCCAAACGCUUGUCCAUCGCCCUGGAGCUGGUCAACAACCCGCCGGUCAUGUUCUUUGAUGAGCCAACCAGUGGCCUUGACAGUGCCUCCAGUUUCCAGUGUGUUUCCCUCAUGAAGUCCCUGGCUCAGGGUGGGCGUACCAUCAUCUGCACCAUCCACCAGCCAAGCGCUAAGCUCUUCGAAAUGUUUGACAAGCUGUAUGUUCUGGGGGAGGGCCAGUGUAUAUACCAGGGGAAGGUGGAUGGACUCAUCCCCUACCUGAAGGGACUGAACCUGAUUUGUCCCACCUUCCACAACCCUGCAGACUACAUUAUGGAGGUAGCCAGCGGUGAGUACGGUAACGUCCUACCCCAGCUGGUGAAGGCUGUACAGAACGGAGAGUGCACAUCCUACCACUGUAACUCCCCCAUCCGCCAGGAGCACAGCCCCACCAAGCUGCGCCAGCUCAUCAAGAGCGGAACCAUGACCGUGAACGAGGCCAGGAAGCUGAGGGAAGCCCUCGAGCAGUCCGGGCAGCUCACUCCGCUCACCGAGGAUGAAGACGGCAACAGGGAGUUUUUUGGUGAAGUGGAACAUCACACAAACACCUUCUCCACUUCCUGUCUGACUCAGUUCUGGGUGCUGUUCAAGAGGACCUUCCUUACAAUAGUCAGGGACACAGUUCUGACCAGACUGAGGCUGUGCUCCCACCUACUGGUUGGUCUGUUGAUUGGGAUGCUCUACUGGAAGAUUGGCAAUGAGGGCAGCAAGGUGUUCAACAACACAGGGUUCCUGUUCUUCUCCAUGCUGUUUCUCAUGUUCACUGCCCUCAUGCCAACAGUGCUCACAUUUCCUAUGGAGAUGUCAGUGUUCAUCAGGGAACACUUAAACUACUGGUACUCACUGAAGGCCUACUACCUGGCUAAAACACUGGCUGAUGUGCCCUUCCAGGUUGUUCUGCCAGUGCUGUACUGUACCAUAGUGUACUGGAUGACGGAGCAACCCUUCGAGGCCCUGCGAUUCACCCUCUUUGUGGCUCUGUCAACUCUAACCUCUCUGGUGGCACAGUCUCUGGGGCUGUUGAUCGGAGCGGCUUCUACAUCGCUUCAGGCUGCAACGUUCCUGGGACCAGUGACAGCCAUUCCCAUCCUCCUGUUCUCAGGAUUCUUCGUGAACUUUGACACCAUCCCAGACUACCUGCAGUGGAUGUCGUACAUCUCGUAUGUCAGAUACAGCUUCGAAGGGAUCCUGCUGUCGAUCUACGGAUUUGACCGUGGCCCACUGGACUGUGAGGAAGGGAAGUUCUGCAUCUUCCACGAGAGCGAAGACGUUCUGAAGGAGAUGGACGUGCAAGACGCCAAGCUGUACGUGGACUUCAUCGUCCUGGCCAUCUUCUUCAUCCUGCUGCGUCUGGGGGCGUACCUGGUCCUCCGCUGGAAAGUCAAGUUGCAACGUUAAAAAUCCUCCAACUCUGUUGUAAAGGCAUCAUUACUUACAUGUUGUUGUAAGAUUGGUCGCCAAGGCUAUUUCUUUUAUGUUCUUUUUGUUGAAAGGUUAAACAGUUAUUUUGUUUUUCUGGGGAAGGAAGAGGACAAGGGAGCAGGCAGAUGGUGCAGGAUCCCUGUCAGAAUGCCAGGGGAUAAAUUGGGUAUUUUUAAGGCUUUCUGAAAUGGAGAUUCUAAUUUUUAAAGGCCUUAAAAAUAUUGUGAAUUGGCUGUUGCCAAGCAAAGUGGUGGUGUCUAUAUAAAUUUUCCAUCUCAAUUUGUCUGAAAGAUAUGAUGGCACCCCUGUUUAGAAAACAGAAACUGCUUAGAAGCCUAUGGUUUCAAAAGAUAAUAUUUAAGAAGAAAAUAGUCUGAAACAUAUAUCAGAUUCUCUAAAUCUCCCUCUCUUUUCAAGUGUCCUCAUUACUAAAGACAUGGUCCACAACUGUGACAUGUUUUUGCACAGAAAACACAUUGUUUUUCUUGCCAACGUACCAUUUUUUGGAGGUAUAUUAAACUGUUGAGAUUGAUCUCCCGUGGAAAAGCAGCCUCAAAGGCCUCGCUCCUGAGGUGUCACCUAAAAAGACUUCAUCAAGUAUCAUAAGCCUUGUAUUGAAGAAAACAGCAAUUAUCUGUACAGAAAGUGUGGAACACAAGCAAGAAACUAUUGAAGUGAUCUGCAAUGCAUUUGAAAAUAUUGUACAGGCACAGUGAACAGGGUGGAAAUGAUUCACUUUCUAAAUGAAAACAUAAUCUUUACAUUAGAAUACUAGAUAAUUAUGUAAGUCACGAAACUGGGUUAAUUCAGAUAGUUUUGUAUUUAACCAGCUACUUUAAGCUUUGAAAACAAAGGGGAAGCUUUUGGAGCUGUCACUGUAUACUUUUGUGAGGAAAGAAAAUAAGAUCCUCAGUUGGAAAAGUCAUAUUUCUUAAAAAGACUAGAAUUAACUCACAUGAUAAGGUUGAUAAGAAAUAAUACUCGGUAAGAUUUGACCAAUGCAACUGCAAAGCAAUGCAACUUUUGUUUGAUUUUUAAUGCACUUCAGGGGAAACUUGAUAUUAUAGAGAUGGUAGUGUAUGUCAAUGUUGACAGUAGAGAAAAAGCUACUCAAGAGAAAACAUUAACUUAAAAUUAAAAAGAUUUAUUAUUUUGCUGAUUUAGUUAAGGAUAAAGAAAUAAACUUUUGCACUAAGUUAUUGCUCCAUGAAAUGUGUUUUUCAAGUAGAAAUUUGCCUUUUCUCACUUAAUUCUAUCAUUUUGGUACAUUUCUGACAUUUUGUUCUAACACUUUAGCCAGGACUUCACAUUGUUUUCCUUAAUAUCUGACCAAUAUAAAAAAAAGAUUCACCAGUAGAGCUGGUGUAUAUAUAUGAAUAUGAUAUCUGUGGGAAAAAUAGCAUUGAAAAUAAUGCUGGAUUUGUUUACCAUACAAUCCAUUUGUCAUUUUUUUCUUUUAUCCCGAAAAAAGAAAUGCAAGAAAAUACAUUAAACUACUAACAAUCAACAGGUAUGAUAAGGAUUAAAGUGGAAGCAUUUGAAAAAGGAAAAUGCAAUUUUUCAAGGCCAACAGUGCAAAAUACAUAUAUGAGAAACAGUGAUUAGACAGACUUAAAUAUGUUCACUCUCUGACAAAGACCCAAUAUUAAAGUUCUAAACAUGAUUAACAAUUUACAUUAAAAAAAUCAAGGAGCUCCUUGAUUGUAGCCACACCACAAAUUUGUGCCAACUCACACAACAAGGCCUUUACAAUGCAUUCUAUUCUGUUGCACAAUUUCUUUAUUGGAACUAAGAAGAGUUUAACAUCAAGACUUUGCAUUGUUGUCUCAGGACAACUUCUUGAGCAAUGCAACUAUAGGCAGGAGCUCUGUCUUACAAUGCAAAAACUCCUUGAGAGUUUAUAAAUAACGUUAGAGUGACUUUGUCACAUUAUUUGUGGUACACCGUAACCCAUAGAUUCUCUUACAACUGUAUUUAUAUUUAGUGAACAGUUGAUAUAUUAUAGUACAGUAUAAUUUGUGAUGUCAGUAUGCCAUGCUUAUUCCCUAAUUAUACAGUAAACCUAAUGUUUUGCUCUUUUUCAUAGAGCUUAGUUCUUUGUAACUGUCGUCUUGUUGUACAUGUAUUAAGCAGUGUUAAUGAUAUAUUUCACUCUACACCUGUGUACCUUAUACAGGUCCUAUCAGUAAUAAUAUUCUUUAUCACAAAAGUGGUCAAAUGUUUGUUACAGUUUUUGUUCUAGACCAUUUCAUUCAGAGCUCAUUCAAAGUAUUGAUAUGAACGCAUUGUGAAUUGUACACAUUUUAUGGCCAUGUUGAUUUGAUUAUAUGGAGGACAUCCUCUGGGAGCCCCAAAACUGAUGCGUGUACUAGUAACUAAUAAAUGAAAUUUAUUUGAUCGAAAAGAAAAAAAAGGCGUCAGUGAGAUUUAAAAAAUGACUAAACACACAGUAUGACAUGCAGAAUGAUUUUUGUGUGUUUUAAAAAAAAAUAUGUUCUCUGAUUAUACAGUUGACAUCUUCUGGGAACCCCAAAAGUGAUGCAAGCAUGCAAAGAAAAAAAGCUGCCUUCAUUAUAAAAUCUAUAAGUAUUCAGAAAGGUUGAAGGAAUCACUAAAAGACACAGUAUGGUAUACAGAACAAUAGAUUACUCAUUUUUUUCAUCUUCAAUCUUGUUUGAGUUUGGAAUUGACUUUGUCAUCUAAGUGUCCAUUUUCGGAUAAUUUUUCCGCAACUUACAGCAUGUAUUUGCUCAUUUUGCUACAGCUUUGUAAGAUUCACAGUAUGGUGGCAACUUUUAUUUUUUUGCAAGUGGACAAAAAUUUAUGUGUGCUUGGAUGUCAUCCAUAUUAUUCAGAUCAACAUGGCCUAAGGGACCAUUAACUGUUUUAUGCUGCACACCUGUUUAUCUGAGGUUUUAGUGUGUUUGAAAUAUUCUACUUAAUGCAAUGUCAGCUCUCAACCAUAUUUAAAAAUUGCAGACACCCAAGAAUGUCUUAAACACCUGGAUAUCUGAAGUGUGCAAACAUCUGUGAUGACUAGAACUACAUUCCUGUAGCUAAAGUUACCAUUCAGCAAGAAUAUGAGAGUUGAAUGUUUUUGUGAAGUACACUGGUUCUGUGAAAUUGUGAAGGUAUUGAAAAUUGAAUAGACAAGUGCAACUUAGCAUACCAUCUUGUAUCUGGCUGUGGUAUAGGUGUAACUUCUGUGUUAAGCCUCUGAGUAUAUGGAGUUGUGAAGUAACUGUUCUUUUCACUGUGAAAUAAGUAUAUACAUAUUGAGCUUAUUGUAUUGAAGGUCUGAUACAUAUGUCUUAUUUUCCAUACUAGUACUGUUAACACUAUUGUUAGACACCGACAUAGUUUCAUCUUGCUAAAAAAGGUAAUGUUAUCUAAUGAUGAUUAGAAGGGCAGUUUCUUGAAGAUACAAUUGAAAGUUAUUUAGGUUGUAGUAUGUUGUAAAAUGGGAGUCAAAUAGGUAAAAA